AUGCAUCUCCAACAGGUUCUUUGUGCUUGCUUGAAAAAUCGCCGACGUGGCCAUUUGGAGUCUACCGAGGCGGACGCACUGUUUGACAAAAAACUAGCCGGUGACAAUCAACAAAAUUCAGAAAACAAAGCCAACGAGGAAGCGAAUAAAACACCCCCAUUGCCACUAUGGAAACGAGGGUAUCAGUAUGCCAGCACACUUGUUGUGGAUAGCUCUCAGUCAGCCUACUACUAUUGGAUUGGCAUUGUGUCAGCCACAGUUCUGUACAAUGCCAUCGUCCUGCCACUACGGUCGGCAUUCACACAGUUUCAUGAGCUUAGUUUUAUCACAUGGAUGUUUUUCGAUUAUGUGAUAGAUUUGAUCUAUUGUUUGGAUAUCUUUGUGGGCUCCAGAACCGGAUUCCUGGAGCAAGGUUUAUUGGUCAAAGAUAUCGAUCAACUUCGCAGAGCCUAUUCGAAAAGACGAGAAAUCUAUGCGGAUGUGUUGGCAAUCGUGCCGACAGAUUUGUUCUAUUUGAUUCCGGAACUGGGACAUCAUGCAGCUUGGUUGCGAUUCAAUCGGCUUCUGAAAAUCUAUCGUCUGUUCGAAUUUAUUGAUAGAACCGAAACGAGAACAACUCGACCGUACCUAUUUCGAAUUUCCACACUGACCAUGAAUAUCCUGGUGUUGAUUCACCUGAAUGCGUGCAUUUAUUUCGGAUUUAGCAAAGCGACAGGUUUGGGCUCCAACUCAUUUGUCUACCCGCCUCGAUCGAAUGACGACAUUUCUGAGGUACCAUACAACUACAGCGCUCGAUGGAACCGGUUGUUCUCCCAGUAUGUGUACAGUUUCUACUGGUCCACUUUGAUCCUCACCACAAUCGGGGAGACUCCAAAGCCAGUAUACAAUGCGGAAUAUAUAUUUAUUACUAUUGAUUUUCUGGCCGGAGUAUUGAUAUUCGCCACGGUUGUUGGUAAUGUGGGUGCCAUGAUUACGAACAUGAAUGCUGCAAGAACGGAAUUUCAAAGUCGGAUGGACGGAGUUAAACGGUGA